CGUGAAAACAAUAUUACUUUACAGACUGGUUUCACCUUUUUCGUCUCUCAAAAAUCGGCUCUGGUUCCCAAUGUCCAGCCUCCGGAAGGAAUUGCAAUUCCCUACAAGAUAUUGUUCAAAAUUAGUUCUUUGGUACAGCAUGGAUGCAUUCCUGGGCCAGCAUUAAAUGUCUACUUUUUCCGAUUAGUUGACCCUCAAAGGAGAAAUGUUGCAUGCAUUGAGCAAGCCUUAGAGAAACUGUACUAUUUGAAGGAGUGCUGUUAUGAUCCAGUGAGGUGGCUGACUGAGCAGUAUGAUGGGUAUCUCAAGGGUAGACAACCUCCAAAAUCUCCGUCCAUCAAUUUAGAUGAUGGGUUAGUGUAUGUAAGAAGGGUCCUAGUAACACCAUGCAAAGUUUAUUUUUGUGGUCCAGAGGUUAAUGUUUCCAAUCGGGUUCUCCGCAAUUAUUCUGAAGACAUAGAUAACUUUCUUCGUGUUUCUUUUGUUGAUGAGGAGUGGGAGAAACUGUAUUCU